GAUGAACUGUCAUGAUUAAUUCAUUUAAUUCAUCACUUAUCCUAUCAUCAUCGUCAUCAUCGUCUGUAUCAAAAUGCGCUCAAUUGACCUCCACAACACCUCCUCUGCCUACUACGCUCCUGGCGUCAUCUCCGGAAGCCAGCUUCAUAUCGCGGGCCAAGCGGGCGCCAUCCAGAAUCCCCCUUCGGACUAUGUCUCCCAAAUCCAUCUUGCUCUCUUGAACCUUCACCGCAUCAACACCGCUGCUGGUGCCUCUGUCCGCGACAUUGUCAAGCUCAAUCUCUACAUUGUCCACUAUAACCCCGCCAACCGUGCUCAUACUCGUCCGCUGCAGAAGUUCCUCGGCUCGCACCGUCCGGCCAUCACGCUGGUUCCUGUAUCUCAGCUGGCUGUUCCAGGAUGGCUGUUUGAAAUUGACGCUGUCGUCGAGAUUCCCCCUCGUCUGACCCGCAGUCUCACUCCUGCUUCGGCCGUUGAGGAAACCGAUGUCGUUGUGAUCGGUGCUGGACUGUCUGGUCUCACGGCUGCUGAGAAGAUCCUCCAGUCUGGUCAUUCCUGCAUCAUCCUUGAAGCCAGAGACCGCGUCGGAGGACGAACUUGGUCCCAGCCCCUCGAAGACAAUGGCGUCGUCGAUCUGGGAGCCGCCUGGAUCAACGACACCAACCAGUCUCGCAUGAUUGCCCUCGCCCGCAGAGCCGGGGCAGAGCUCAUCGAGCAGAACAUCGUGGGCAAUGGCAUCCUCCAGCGAGAAGACAAGCAGCGCAUCGUCUUCCCCUACGGCACCACUCCCAAGAUCACCGCCCAGAUCCAGCAGGAGAUGGAGCGUCUCCGCGACGAGGUCGAGGCCGACUGCCAAAAGGUCGACUGCAGCCGUCCGGUCGACGUGGAGCUCGACUCGCUCACCUUCCUGGCCUAUCUCCAACGCAAAGGAGCCAGCGAAGCCGCCAUCGCCAACGCCUCCGUCUGGACCCGCGCCAUGCUGGGCCACGAACCCCAGGAUCUCUCCGCCCUCUACUUCCUCAACUACUGCAAGUCUGGUGGUGGAUUACUCCAGAUGCGAUCCGACGGGAAACACGGCGCUCAAUACCUUCGCGUGCGCCAGGGAACCCAGAUCUUCGCCACCACCCUCGCUGCAGCCCUCCCCCCAUCCACCCUCCGUCUCAACCACCCCGUCACGUCCAUCCACCAGCUCAGCUCGCAGAACAUCCUCAUCGAAUCCGCCGGCCGAACCAUUCGCGCCCGCAAAGUCAUCAGCAGCGUCCCAACCCCCGUCCUCAAAACCAUCACCUUCAACCCUCCCCUCCCGCCAAAGAAGAAACUCCUCACCGACAGCUUCCGCUACGGCUACUACACAAAAGUCAUGCUCGUCUUCCGCUCCCCCUGGUGGGUUGAGCGUGGAUUCUGCGGCCUCGCCCAGUCCUUCCACGGCCCCGUCUCCGUCUUCCGCGAUACCAGCAGCCCCAACGACAAGAAAUAUGUCCUCACCUCCUUCCUCGCCGGCGACGCCGGCCGAGCCUGGUCCGCCCUCCCCACACCAAAGGACCGCGAAGACGCCCUCCUCGCCCAACUCGGCGACAUCUACGGCGAUCCCGCCCUGCCCCGCGCAGAAUUCAUCCAAAGCGUCGGCCACGAGUGGAGCAUGGAAAAGUUUUCCGGGGAGGGCUGUCCCUGCCCUGCUCUGCCGCCUGGGGUGUUGAGUAUCGCGGGCGACGCUCUCCGCGAACCAGUCGGAGAUGUGCAUUUCGUCGGCACCGAGACGGCGGCCGAGUGGAAGGGAUACAUGGAGGGUGCGGUGAGAAGUGGUGAACGGGGUAGUGAGGAGGUGUUGGAUGGAUUCAGGAGGGUGGUUGCUCGUCUGUAAAUUCUGUAUAGUCUGAUCGAGCAUGAGAUUCAUGGAUAUGAAUAGUAUGGAUAUGAAUGUACGGAGUAAUUAAAUCAAGAGACCUAAUUGCAUGAUUUAUU